UCGAAAAAAUCUAUUCCAUUUUUCAGUUUGGUUUUUCAGGAUCCUUUUUUGAGGUAUCUUAUUCUUUUGACACUCAGUAUAACUCUUUGCGAAAUGCAGAUUAAUAUAAUUAGUUAAUCCAGUUAGUAUGGAAUUCUGAUCAAUAGAUUCAAUAGGUGUUAUGAGAACUUUGCAUAUAUAUGUUAUAAGUUAUUUUAAUAAAAAAUUAAACAGGGUAUGUAAAGCCUCGCUUUUUGAAAGCAUCAUCCCUUUAUCGCUUGUGUUAUUCUUGGUGUUGCUGGUGGAAUAAAAUACCGCCAAUUCCGCUGGUGACAACAACUAAGGCAAUGUGGCAACCGACCAAGCGACCCGACUCCAACUUCCACCUCCAAACUUCCAACAUGUGUGUGACAUGUGUGCGACAUUUGCUCCACAACCAGAAGACAAUGGAGAAAAGGAAGCGGUCGGGGUGAAAAAUAUGCUAAAGAUGAAGAACAACUUUCAGUUGCUAGAUGGUUAGGCGGUGAGGAGUGCUAAUGUUCCAGUUGCUUUGGUUUCUGUGCCAAAGUGUUUUGUCUAUCUAAUAAUCUUGUAAUAAUCUAGAAGACUAGUUUUUCCCUAUCCAGUUAUCCAUUUCAAAUUGCCAUUUUGGUAAUUUAAGAAAAGUUGCACGUAAAUUUAAUUUGAGAACGGUUAUGGUACAUCAAAGAUAUAUGCAAAUUUAUUGCUUAAAUAAAAAAUAGCGGGCAAUAACUCAACAGUAAUAACCAAACACUUAACACUUUCUGGUUAAAAUAGGAAACUAAAAAUUUAUUAUGAAGGAAUUUCAAGUGAUGUGAACAAGUUUUUACUGCAAAGAUUUAACGAUCAUUUUAUGAUUUGUGCGGAAGUGUUAUGUUGCUCUAAAAAGCUAAAAAACUUUAAAUUAACGUGAUUGCGGGUCCUAAGAUAUUGUUAAACAAAAUGUGGAUAAAUCAUCAUUGGAUAUGCUAUUUGAUCUUCGCCUUGUGCUAUUUAAAUAAUGCCACUUUUGGAGCUAUCCUCGACUCCCGUUGUUAUCUCGAGGGUGGUGGUUCCGCGGAAAGUUUCCUGGCGACCGAGGAUCUGGCGGUGGGUUCGAUUAUCGGCAAAUUAAGGAUCAACGGGGAUCCCAAUGCUGAGACAGGGGACAUCACCCUUUCGCUGAGGGAAAAGAAUGCUCCCGUAGAGAUCCAUGCCGGCACCAAGGAGCUAGCUCUAUCGGUGGAACUGGACAAGGAGGGCGUGAGAGGUCCUUCAUCCAUCUACGUGAAUGUCAUCUGCAUACGACGACAUUCAACGGAUCCGAGCUUCGUCAUCCCCGUGAAUGUGCGAGUUACUGAUGUGAAUGACAAUGCCCCCCAGUGGAUCGGCACCCCCUACACUUUGACCCUUUCGGAGGUGACGGUUCCGGGAACUCGAAUCCUUCAGGGCGCCCGUGCCGAGGAUGCCGACCAACCAGGUCCCUUCUCCACGGUGGAGUACCAGGUGCUGCCAGGUCCGUACUCGGAGUAUGUGCAGUUCCUCAAUCCCCUGGAGGGCACGCUGGUGCUGAGGAAAGCCCUGGACUACGAGCAGCUGCAGAACUUCACUGUGAAGCUGAGGGCUCAGGAUCAGGGCACACCAGCCCGUCACUCGGACACUUUGCUUCGGGUGGUCAUCACGGAUGCGGAUGACCAGAAUCCGAAGUUCCAGCGGGAGUCCUACACCGCAGAGAUACCAGUGGACGGCAGGCCGGGUGAGCUGCGGAUGCGGCCGGAGCCUCUGAAGGCGGUGGAUCAGGACGAGGGCAUCUGUGCACCCAUCCAGUACACGAUAGUCCAAUCGCAGGACGCCAAGUACUUCCGCAUCCAUCCGCACAACGGAGCCAUUAGUUUGCUAACACCGAUUGGAUAUGCGGACGUGGCCAAUGGCGCCACUUUGGUGGUGAAGGCCACGCAGAUCGAUAAUCCCGAUCGCUAUGCUCUGACCACUGUCCAGUUGACGCGACCUGGCAGUCACAGUGAUCUGAGCACUCUGGCUUUCGUCCAAAAGAGAUUCGUCAUGCGCAUUCGCGAGGAUACGGCGGUAGGCAAUCGGAUCCUUGCUCUGCCCACCAAUAAGCCCGGAAAACACCUUAAGUAUACUAUUCCCGAUCCCGUGAACUCUCAGUUCUUCACAGUGGGAUCGCUGGGGGAACUUGUGCUGGCGAAACCGCUUGACUACGAGAAGAUGACCAAGCAUGAGUUCCAGGUGCAAGCCACGGAUGGAAUGACCAACAGCACCGCGGAACUGACGCUGGACGUGAUCGAUGUCAAUGACUGGGAGCCGCGGUUCCGGGAAACGCACUACGAGUUCAUGGUGCCCAAGAGCCAGUCCUUACAGUCCCGCGUUGAUUCCUUUGAGGGCGUGCUCAUCGGCAAGGUUGAGGCAGCUGACGGGGAUCGCAACGACAAACUGGAACUCUCGCUGCGGGGCCAGCAUGCCGGAUUAUUCGAAAUCGACACCACCGGGAAUAUUUACAUGCGCCCGGAGCAGCUGCAGAGCCUUAAUGAGUCCACGGUCCAUCUGAUAGCCAUCGCCACGGACACAGGUGUGCCGCCCAGGAGCACCUCAGUCCCGGUGAGCGUGACAAUGGAGGGCCUGACCUUGGCCCAAUCAGGCUGGAACAGCAACAUGCUGGGCAUGUUUGGCAUGAUCAUGGGCCUCUUCCUGAUGAUCAUAGUGGCACUCAGCUGCUACAUUGUGCGAUCCAGAAAGCAGGGCAAGAGUGCCUCCAGCGGAUUGGGCCUCGGUCGGAAUCGGGUGCACAGCCAGGCGCACAGCAGCGUGUCCUCGGCCAAUUUGGUUACCCACGAGAAGCUGGCGGGGAAUGGCAACGGCAACGGAGCCAGCGUGACGAGCGGUGGGGUCUCAGUGCUGCACAUGAAGCACGGCGGCAACAUCACCAUGGCCAAUCCGAUGAACAAUGGCCUGCAUCAUGUGGCCAGUGGAGCCAGUAGUAGCAUGGCCCUCGGAAGCUCCGCCGCCUUGUUGGAACGGGAAAGGGAGCGGGAUCGGGAGCGUCAACGAGAGAGCUAUGCCGCCACAGUUCGCAGCAUAGUGUCGCGCGCCUCCGCCAAUGGACAGCUCUUCGAGGAGGACGAGAUCGAGCAUGACUCCUUGCAGACAGAGAAUAACAACAGGAAAGGAGCAGCCACGGGAGCGGCAAGUGGCGGGGUUACCACCAUCACCACCACCUCGGCCAAUGCGGGCUCCAAUCUUCUAUCUGCCACCGAUGCCAUGGGCUCCUCGGAGAACAACUUGACGGUCUACUUUUAGAACUGCGGGAGGCUGCUCCUCCCGAAGAGCUUGUAAAUAUCGCUGCUAAGUCAGUUUAGGAUUAGGUUUAGGCCCCGCACACGUGUAUGUACAUUCAGUAGACCAAAUAUAGCAUUGUAAACAGACCCAGCACACGAUCUAGGCUAA